AUGGACCCGUUCGUUCUUGCACAUCCAGACUUUGGCAUCCAGAACUUCAUCGUGUCCGAAGAGGACGAGCUCCAAGGUAUCAUCGAUUGGGAUGGGUUCGCUGCUGUGCCUCGCACUCUUGGCAACGAGGGUUAUCCUGGAUGGCUCACGCGCGACUGGGAUUCGGCUAUGUACGGAUAUAACGAGUCUAUGGAACAUGGGGUGGAACUAGAAGGUGUGUGGGAAGAUUCGCCCGAAUCUCUCGCCUAUCACUGCGGCAUCUGUGAUGGUAUUAUGGCAAGGCAUCGUGUGGAGAGAAGAGGAGGGUCUGAAGCCAACUUCUGUCGUAUGUCCCUUAUCACGGAAAACCUAGCCAUUGCAGUGAAUGCCCCUCAGUGCCGAAAUGGGAUUCUGCGAAAAAUGGUGCAUGAAAUAUGGGCUGCUGUCGGACAAGAUGAGCAAUUGGAUUUCGAGGACCUAAUCGACAUGUUGGCCAAGAGCAACGUGGCUGACAUGGUGAUGGAGAUGCUCCAUAGGGGCUUUCACAUUCUUCUGUCGAAGGAAGGGCUAUAG